UGGGCCAUUGGCUGUAGCAUCGGGUGCGGAGUAGUGUUCGGGAUUGCACGGUAUCCUAUGUCUGGACGCGGGAGAGGUAAAGCAGGCGGGCGUCGAGGCCGCUGGUCCAAUUGUGGACGGUAUUGGAUGGAAGGCAGCAGCGUGAACCCUGGUGGAGGACAACCUGCGGCAUCGAAUCCAGCCCAGUACAGCGGGAGCGGUCCUGCCACGAAUGUAUACCCCCCGGGGGUGAACCCAGCACAGUUCACCACGGCAUUUCAGGCACCAGCUGGAAUGCCUGUUGUAGGGCCAACCGCAGUCCCGAACAUGGCGCCUCAAGCUUCAGUGCCAUACCAGGCGGUCGCCCCGACAGUUAACCCGUGGAGUAUGCUGCCAUGGCAGAACACCGGCCAAUGGCCGGUGAACGGGCAGUGGGUGGGACAGCCUCCCAACCCGCAGCCUGUAGGGAAUCAGCAGCCGAGCAAUCAGACGCACCAGCAACCGCCAAAUCAGCAAGCAGCAGUUCCACAAAGUAUGGGGAACGGAGGCAAUGCUGGGAAAGGCCCAGCCGCAAAUGCUUUCCUUGGUCCAGGGAAUCGAGCGUAUUUCACGAAAGAGUAUAUGGACAUUCUGGAGGAUAUUAAGCUGAACAAAGCCAUUGAAGACGCCCGGAAGAAGAUUGCACGUGGGAGGCAUGGUGUUGUGCGGAAUCAAGAUGUACCUGAUGAAGGGAGCAGAUCUGAAGUACGAUCGGCUGACAAGGUGCGUUCUGCCUAUAAGAGAGACGAAAUGAAAGCUUGGGUGACGGCGACACUAGGUGACUCAUUGAAGCUAAUCACGGAGAAGCUCCAGGAGGUGGAUCAAAGAGCUAAGCUAGCGGCAGCAGAGAAGGGCGAACUCAUUAAGCUGCGGGAGGCGAAAGCUCUGCUCGAGAAAGAAAGCAAAGAUCCGGGGAGCAACGAGAAGAGGAAGAGAGGAGGGGAAUGCACCCCAGUAGCUAACUCACCUCGUGUGAACCGUGUGAAGUCCCGUACUAGAACGAGUACCAAGACCAUGCCGCGUUCGAAGAGGAUAGUGGUAUCAUCGGAUGAAGAAGACGGCGGCACGGUCAAGCAGAAUCUCCAACCCAAGAUGGAUUCGAGCAGUGAAUUGUCCGAUAUUAAGGCAAUGUUUGCAGCCCUCUUACAAGGGAUCGACGACGCCAAAGGGAAGGCACCGGUCAUCGAACCCAAGGCGGCCAAAGUAGAAGCUCGCGAGGAAGAGGAGGGGACCGAAGACGUCGAUGUAGUGCAGAACGAGCCCAUGCAUGUCGAGGAGUGAAUUGUCAUUUGAGUAUGCGCUCACGUGCGC